UCAUGGGAAGAUCUCAGGAUUUAUUGGAUGCAGCAAGAACUGGCAAUAUUAGUGUUGUUGCCAAAAUUCUGGAGCAUUAUGCCAAAAAAGGAGGUCCACUUUCUAGUUUUCGACGCAGUCCCAGUAUAAAUGCACAGGAUAUGAAUGGUUACACCCCGCUACAUCAUGCCUGCCUAAAUGGUCACGAAGAAAUUGUACGCCUCCUAUUGGCUAGCGAUGCUGCCACCGAUAUACCAGAUAUACGUGGUUCAACGCCACUUUAUUUGGCAUCAUGGGCAAAUAAACCAGAUAUUGUAAAAAUGCUGUUAAUGCAUCCCCGCCGACCGGCAAAUCCCAAUGCACAAAAUUCACAAAAUGAAACACCACUGCAUUGUGCUGCCGAGCAUGGUCACAAUGCUGUUGUUGCAAUACUCUUAGCCUAUGGUGCUGAUCCAACAAUACGUAAUAAUAGUUUUCAAACUGCAUUAGAUUUGGCAUCACAAUUCGGACGAUUACAAGUGGUACAAUUAUUGAUACGAACACAUCCUGAAUUAAUUGAACCAUUUCGUGUGUACGACGAAAUGGUGGCUUUGGAGAAUGGUCAUUCACCACCGUAUACGAUAACACCAACCAAACAUAUUUAUACACAUUCAUGUUUACAUUUGGCGGCACGUAAUGGUCAUAAAAAAGUUGUCGAAACACUACUGGCAGCCGGUGUUGAUGUAAAUAUUUUGACAAAUUCCGGUUCGGCACUGCACGAAGCGGCAUUGUGUGGUAAAAAGUCGGUGGUUUGUACAUUAUUACGAGCCGGCAUCGAUCCAUAUGCUGUUGAUGGUAAUGGCCGAACGGCAUUGGAUAUUCUAGUUGAUUACCCACCGCAUGUCACUUAUGAAAUUGUUUCGAUAAUUAAGGAUUUUUGCCAAGACAGCAGUAAGAUGGAAAAUAAAACCCAUUUCAUGCCAAUUAAAGAUGUAAAUGACAAUAAUACAUUAUCGAAUUAUGAGGAUGAUGCAAGAUGUGAAGAAAACAAAAUAAUGGAGCAACGGAAUUUCCAUCAUCAUCCGAAUUCUGUAGAACCUCCACCACAUUCAAUGACAAAGAAUUUUAUGGAACGCCAAAUAUCCAUCGAUCGUUAUACACCAAUGGAACCAAUACUAAAUCCAAAAACAACAAUACCAAAGAGUAAUCGCUCAACUCCAGAAACUAUACUAGAAUAUAAACCCGUCUAUACCACAAAUCUUCUAAAUCGUCGUUUGGGUACACUCAACACCGAAAAAAUAUUUCCCAAAUUAGAAACGUAUAGACAAAGUAGGUAUUUACAUGAAGUUUUUACCACACUUUCGAAAUAUGACAUCACUUUUGAUUUGAAUAUAGAGGAGGAAGAAAAGAUGCCGGCCGUCAAUUCCACACAAUAUUACUGUGUAGAUGAAUAUGUUGAAAUGAAAUUGCCCGGUGGAAGUGCCGGUAAUACACCCCGAACGCCAGUUGGUAUAGAUCACCAACCACAAAUACCGUUACCAAGUCCUAGAAAAAAUCUUGAAUAUUGCGAUUAUGCAAAUAUUAGUGUUAUUAUGGAUAAUGCUCAAAAUAAUAAUCGACGGCGCCAAAAAGAAAAUGAGCGAGAUGAUGAAGCUGAUUGUAAUAACAAUGAUAUUCAACCAAAGACAACGUCUAUACCAAGCAACAAUAAUUUCGAUACGAACAACAACAACGAUUCUCGAAGACAAAGUCAAGACAGAUCUGUACACUCGCCAACCCCCGAUUGUCCUCCACCAUCGGCUUUUCAAGCAGAAACCACAAUAUUCGAAUUUGUGAAACCACCACCGGAUAAAAGUUGGAAACGUAAAUCAUUACAAUUGCAAAAUCGCAAUUCCCAAUUCUACAAUAAUCUAAAAUCCUUUAUAUGGGAAGAACAAAUGGAGCCACCAGAAGAAGAACAAUUUGAUUCGAUAAGCAGUUCAAGGGUAUCUGAAUGUGUUGAAGAGUUUGUGGGUGAUGUACCUUUUGCCGGUUUGUUUAAAGGUUCUUCAUUGAAUUUGGCCUGCCCCGAUCCCAGCCAGGAAACAGAUCAAAAAAGUCAAGCCAUUGAAGAGUUGCCAAGUGGUUUGAGGUCUCCCAGUUUGGUUAAGUCUGUUAAACCAAUGCCCACAAAAAGAUCAUCUGCAAAUCUACAAACUCCCACCGGCAAUGAGGAAAAAACCAUAGAAAAUCUCAUAACAACAAAGGAAAUAAAAGACCCCAACACCACAAAUGAAAAUGAAUUUGAUUUUGAUGCCUCAAAGGUAUGGGAUGAGAUAAAUACAAUUUUUGAAAGUAUUGGAAAUGAAGUUUCCGCUGCCAAUAAUGAAACCAACAAUACAACAUUAGAGGCUAUAAAAGAUGAAUGUAAUUAUUUAUCGAAUACAUUGCGUAAAAAGACUUUAACCAUAAGAAAACCAGCUGAUUUGCUAUUAAUAUCACCCGAAGAACAAGAUAUCAAUCCGAAUUGGUGUCAUUCGGCCAACACAUUGAUAUAUGGUUAUGUUCUAUAUGAUGUUUAUUAUUUGGGUUCUACAGUCAUCCGAGAGUUACAUGGUACGGUCUCGACUAGAAAAUCCAUACAGAAGUUAAAACGUGAAGAGACACCUGCUCCCAUGGAGUACAAAGCCCAAGAUGGCAGUAUAAUAGAGGAUAUUAACUGUUCAACGCGAAUUCUAAAAGAAACAAACGAACAGACACGUUUGAAAGUUGGCAUAGCCCUGUCACAUGCCGGUGUUCGAUUUAUUGAUACGGAUAAUAAGAGUACCAUAAGUGUCCACGAUAUCGAGAAUAUCAAUUGUGUUAGCCAGGAUACAGAUGAUUUAAGAUAUUUUGCUUAUAUAACAAGAGAAAAGGAUACACACUAUUGUCAUGUCUUUAUGGUUGAUAGCUUGGAUUUGGCCACCGAAAUCAUACUAACACUGGGACAAGCUUUUGAGGUGGCCUAUCAAUUAUCGCUUAUCAAUCAAGAAGAAUCAUGUGCCAAUAAUUUAUCCGAUGAAUUAACAACUGUUGAGGAGGAAACUAAACGUAUUAGUUAUUGCGAUAUUGUGGAUAAUAUUUAA